GGCUCUCGCGAGAGCUGCCGUGAGCAGCGGCAGCAGUCGGUGUCGCGGCCGCCGGGGGUGUGUCGGGGCGCUCCUUCCCCGGGCAGGACGGGAGGCGUCGCCUGCGCUGUGCUGUGCUGCCUGCACCAGGGGAGGUCCCCGGCCCUCAGCCCCUCGCCGCCCCGCCCGCUGCCGCCUGGCCGAGCCCCACCGUCCCUUCACCUCGCCUCAACCUCCGGGGGCUGUCCCGACCCUCGCCAACAAGGGGGUGUACGGAGGGCACCCGGAGAGGGACUGAGGGAGCCGGGAGGGAAGCAGGGAAGGGAGGGGCAAAGGCGGUGACAGGACCCGCAGCGCCCCGCUGACCCCGCGGCCGCCCCUGAGGUGAGGGGAAGGCGGGAGCGGGGAACGCCAGCGGUAGCGGCAGCCAAGGGGCGGCGGCAGGAGGGGAGGGCGUUGCUGCUGCAGGGCCGCCCCCGCUCGCCUGAGAAGCGAGGCGGGGAGAGGAGGAGGAGGAAGGAAGGAAGAAGCCGCUGCUGGAGAAGGUGGUGGCGGCGGUGGUAGUGCUGCAGCCCCGGGCAGAGCCUCCCCCUCCCGCCGGGCCGGGCGGGGCGGGCUCCGGAGCAGAAAUGUCUCAGGAGCGGCCCAAGUUCUACCGGCAAGAGCUGAACAAGACCGUGUGGGAGGUGCCCGAGCGUUACCAGAACCUCUCCCCAGUCGGCUCCGGGGCCUACGGCUCCGUCUGUUCUGCCUUUGACACCAAAACUGAGCUGCGUGUGGCUGUUAAGAAGCUGUCUCGACCAUUUCAGUCCAUCAUCCACGCCAAGAGGACCUACCGAGAGCUGCGGCUGCUGAAGCACAUGAAACAUGAAAAUGUGAUUGGCUUGCUGGAUGUGUUCACCCCUGCCAAGUCACUAGAAGAAUUCAAUGAUGUGUACUUGGUGACACACCUUAUGGGAGCAGAUCUCAACAACAUUGUGAAAUGCCAGAAACUCACUGAUGACCACGUGCAGUUCCUCAUCUACCAGAUCCUUCGGGGGCUCAAGUACAUCCAUUCAGCUGACAUAAUACACAGGGAUUUAAAGCCCAGUAACCUAGCUGUAAAUGAAGACUGUGAGCUGAAGAUCCUGGACUUCGGGCUGGCACGGCACACGGACGACGAGAUGACAGGGUAUGUGGCGACCCGCUGGUACAGGGCGCCCGAGAUCAUGCUGAACUGGAUGCACUACAACCAGACAGUUGAUAUUUGGUCGGUGGGCUGCAUUAUGGCUGAGCUGUUGACUGGAAGAACAUUGUUCCCUGGUACAGACCAUAUUGAUCAGUUGAAGCUCAUUUUGAGACUCGUUGGAACCCCAGGGCCUGAGCUUUUGAAGAAAAUCUCCUCAGAGUCUGCAAGAAACUACAUCCAGUCCCUGUCUUACAUGCCGAAAAUGAACUUUGAGAACGUGUUCCUUGGUGCCAAUCCCCUAGCUGUGGACUUGCUAGAGAAGAUGUUGGUGCUGGACACGGACAAGCGAAUCACGGCAGCAGAAGCGCUGGCUCACGCCUACUUUGCUCAGUAUCAUGACCCAGAUGAUGAACCAGUGGCAGACCCCUAUGACCAGUCCUUUGAAAGCAGAGAGCUGGAGAUUGAAGAAUGGAAAAGCCUGACUUACGAUGAGGUGAUCAGCUUCGUGCCGCCGCCGCUUGACCAAGAGGAGAUGGAGUCCUGAGGAGCUGCUCUCUUCUGCUCGUCCCACGUCACUGUGAGGGGAAGGCCUUUUCCUAGGAACUCUCCGCCUAUCGUUCAAGUGCCUCGUCACAAUAUUCUCCUUGGUGGAGGGGUUUUGUGUGUGUUGAAUGGGGGAGGGAGGGGGGAGGGGAGAAAAGCCGACUCUGUGUAAACGUGCUGCAUGCUCUCGUGUUCAGUGUACAGCCUGGGGCAAGCCCCUGAGGACCUGCUCUGGCCUCUCCUCUGGCCUUGCGCUGCUGGGGCGAGGCAGGGAAGCUGAUGCUGAAAGUUUGGUUACAAUUGUUGCCAUUUUGUCAAUUCAUCUACAAAUAAGUAACCUCAUGGUCAUGGAAGUUGUUUUCUAGGUGUAGAGAGUUCUCUGUUCAAGACUGAAGGUGGGGGUGAGGGAUGUCCUUGUUCAGUGCCAGGGGACUGAUGUGUGCCCAGACAUUCCUGGUACAACAGGGUACAGGCCUUCUAAUGUCUGAUUCCUGGAACAUGGAAAGGUUUGGUUUGAAACUGUAAAUAUGUUUGUGCCUUAAUGAAUGGGGAGAGAGGGGAUGGAAGACUGGAGUGGAAAUGUGACCCACUGCUUUUUAGGGUGUGAAAGCUCCCAGAUAGCCAGGCAUGAACUCCAUGUAGUCAGGAAGUAACUUCCAGAGGCAACAGCUUCUAUCCCUGGGUUGGGUAUUCCUGUAUUUACCCUCUUGUUGUGAGGCUUCCCAGCAUUAGCUCCCAGGAAACAGAGGCUGGAGUCGAUUCUUGCUAGCCACACGUUUGUGUCUGUUCUCUAGGAGGUGAGGUGUUUUUGCAUGUCGUAGCUGUGCCUGCAUGUGGAGCUGCUUGACCUUUGUCCUUCCCCUCUUGGGGACGGCGCUGGGACAGUUACACCAUCAGUGAAGUGUUCCACUGAGUACCUCAGCCAGCGCCGUGAAAUCACAGCCUCCCUCUCGUGCUGCAGCUCAUGGUGAAAUCCAGGCUGCUCCAGAGGCUUCAGCAAGGGCAACAUAAAACAACAAUGCACAGAAACAUGCACCUUGGGCUCUGACCUUCUGGUUUCAGAGGAGGAGAGCUUGGGGUGAGGGAAGUUCUUAUGAGAUCAGAUGUAAAGGAUGAUCUUCAAAGACAAAACCAGAGCAGACUGGGCCAGGACUUAAGUUAUUUCCUGAAAUGAAUUUUUAUAGAAGCCUUGGAAUCCAAAGCAAAAAACCUCAGCAUGCAUAAAGCCACACUCCCCUGUCGCUGUCUAUAGCUAUAAAUAGAAAUAUUUAUAUAUAUAUAAACCCCUAACAUUUACUAGAGGCUUGGGGUUUUUUUACCCUCCCAGAGAAGAGUUUCUGGGCUGGUCUUUCGCAAGUUGAUCUCUGCCUGAGAAAGGAGUAUGUUUGUGUGCAGGCAGGGCUCAGAUCUUCUGGGUUUUACAGAACUCUGCCCAGAGUGAGAUGCUGGCAGGAGGGAGGCUUCUCAGCAUGUUUGUGGCCUAGAGCUGGAUCUGAGGAGCUCCAGAGCCCCAUUUAGGGUUUGUGGAGGAGAUGUUUUAGGCGUGAUUUGCAGGCACCCUCUGUGGAACACACAGCUGUGUGUAAGGAGAAAAGCUCAGGCAGUGGUCUGGUUUUUGUCACCCAUGGGAUGGAGUGGAGCCAUUUGUGGUGGUUUUGCCCUGUUUGAAGAGGGAACACAGAGGGCCAGGACGUGGAUGACAAAGCCAUGGAUGACUCCUAGGCUACUUCCCAGUGAUCUCUGCAGGUCCAGUGCUUGCUAAAGGGUCUGGGGGUGAGGUGGAGCAAGCAGGUAGUUCAUGCUCUGCUGCCAAACUCCCCUCAGCCCCACACAACCCUCCCUUUCCUGCUGGACCAGCAGUCCAGGCAUCCGAAUGGAAGUGUAGAUAAUAAACUGUAAACCUCCAGCCAGAUUAUUUUUCUCAGCCAGUUUGUGUAGAUGCUACAGUUGUGAUUCCCUGCAGAAAUACUGCUCGAGAUUUUUAACAGUGUAGAUGUUGUGUGUGUGUGUGUGUGUGUGAGAGAGAGAGAGAGUGGGAAUGUCCCUCUGGAGCCCGAGCCGGAGCGGGAGCCCUCGUGGCAGGCACUCCCCACCCGCGGUCUGACGCUGCCCACGCCGGAGGAUGCGCUGCGGAGAGCUGCGGUUUGGUUUCUCCCCAUGAACUUUGCUGUCGUUGGUUCUGCCAGAUGAGAUGUCACAAUACCACUGGUUACAAAUAAAAACUAUUUUUCAGAUGUA